CUGCCCCAGCAAACUCCUUCUCAGUCAAACCUGGCCCCUCGUCUGGAGGCCUCCCCUGAUCCAGUGCCUGCUGGGCACCUCCUCUGGACCUCACGGCCCCUUGAAGCCCCUGCCCCGUCCCAGAACUGCUCCACUGGCUUGUCCUGGCUGCCCAAGCCCCAGGGGCUCCUAACCUGCUAUUUUAUCUCAACCCUGAGCACUGAUGAAGAAACUAAGGCUCAGAGAGGCUAAGUCAGUAGCUUGAGGCGCACAGCUGGCAGAGGAUAGAGGUGGGCAGGGUGCCCAGCUGAGUCUGACUGGGAGCCCUCUCCCCACUCUGGGCAGGCUGCAAAGGGGAAGGGCAGGGGGCCCCACUGAACCUCCCCAUUGCCACCACCCGUCCAUCUGUUGUGGUCAGCUUUCUCCUGAAGGCGUGGCCUGCCCACGGCCACCGAGGGCACUGAGGCUGACACAGGCUGCGGAGGCCAGGGUCCCGCCCUGAGGACAGCUCGUACACAAAAGCCCCAUCCUCCAGGAGAUAGCAGGUAGUCUCACACCCCAGACUGGCCCCCAGGUGAUGCGGGGACCUUGGCAGGGGUCUGGGGCUGUGCACACAUUGGGAGAUGGAGGCCCCCCAGCCCAGGGCUGGCCUCCCUCAGGCCCCGACACACAGGGAUGCGGGCUGUCUAGGCACCGGCACAGCUGGCUGUAGGGCUAUGCCCUGGUAAACCUGGCGGGCAGGACGAGGCCUUUGCAACGCCCGAGGACCCCGUAGUCUGCGGCCUCUGUCACCCUCAAAUCCUGCCGUGGCGUGGCCCCAAAGCACUCCUUCCUCCAGCUGGUCUUGUCCUCCCUGGGCGAGGUGUGACCUUGAGACCCAAGCUCAGGGGAGGAGAGGCAGGGGGCCUGGGGGCUCAGCACCAAGCAGCCUGGGCUUGAAUCCCUGCUCCCAGCUUCCUGGCUGUGGACCCGGGCGGGGGAGGAAGCCCGGCUUGGUGGGGCAGAGCAGGCUUGGGAGGGACCCGGUCAGGGACCAGGGAGUGCCAGGGCUGUGCUUUGCCGCUGGGGCUGUGAGUGCUCUCUAGCCAGCCAGGUGUUCAUGAGGCAGCAGACAGCGGCGAUCACGGCUCUGUCACAGAGGCUGUGCCUGGAGUGGGGGGAUGGGGUGGGGCAGAAGGCUUGGGGGAGGAGGGAAGGUGACGGGCCGACGCCUGGGCCCAGGCUCGGAACCCAUCCCUUGGUCCCUUGGUGUCAAAGGGCAGAGAGGUGGCCACCUUGAAACGCAGAAGGCUCUGGUGCCAGGGGCACAGCUGCGCUGUGUAGCCUCGGAAGGUAGAGCUGGGCAGUGGCGCCCGUGGUGGUGGUGGUGGGAGCACGCCCAGGUAGUAGUGAGCUCCCCGUGUGGGGCGUAAGCACCGACUUCUUGUGUGGCUGUCUCUGGGGUCAGGGAGGCCAGGCCUGGCGCCCUGGGCUUUGGGGCUUCAGCGAUUUGCUGGGAAGAAGUCCAACUGGCCUCAUCCCGGGGCCUGGCGAGCUGCGGUCUCUGGCCACAGUGGGCGUGGCCCAAAGCUAGCAGGCCACACGGCACUGACUGGGCACAGCGCUGGGCCUCAGGACCUCAGAGGGUGGAAGGCAGGAAGUUCUGGCUACCCGGGGCUGCCCAGGGGCCCGGCAACAGGAAGCCCUGGGCGGGGAGGAAGCCCUGGAGGCCACGGGCCCCAGAUGCAGCAGGCGGCUGUCAGCAGGAGGCUCCGCGGGCGUAGCCGGCCCAGCACUCUGGGCUGCGCGGGGCACUGCACCGCGCCUGCCUAGGGGAGGCCGGCUGAAGCCCCGCCCCGUGGCCCCUGAGCCACAUGGCCUUCCUGGGCCCCAGGACACCUGCCCCCAAGCCGUCGCCAGGCAAGAAGACAGUCAUGUGCUGGGUCAGCCCGUGGACACCCAAGAGCCCUCCUCCUGCCCGCAGAGGGACGGAGGCCAGCUUCAUGGCGGCCGAGGAGAUGCACUGGCCCAUCCCCAUGAAGGCCAUUGGUGCUCAGAACUUGCUGACCAUGCCUGGGGGUGUGGCCAAGGCUGGCUACCUGCACAAGAAGGGCGGCACCCAGCUGCAGCUGCUCAAGUGGCCCCUGCGCUUCGUCAUCAUCCACAAGCGCUGCAUCUACUACUUCAAGAGCAGCACGUCCGCCUCCCCGCAGGGCGCCUUCUCGCUGAGUGGCUACAACCGGGUGAUGCGGGCAGCUGAGGAGACAACAUCCAGCAACGUCUUCCCCUUCAAGAUCGUCCACAUCAGCAAGAAGCACCGCACGUGGUUCUUCUCUGCCUCCUCUGAGGACGAGCGCAAGAGCUGGAUGGCCUUGCUGCGCAGGGAGAUUGGCCACUUCCAUGAGAAGAAGGAGCUGCCUCUGGAUGCCAGCGACUCCAGCUCGGACACAGACAGCUUCUACGGUGCCAUCGAGCGGCCCGUGGACAUCAGCCUCUCUCCGUACCCCACUGACAAUGAAGAUGCCCUGAUCCACCCACCGGCCUAUCCCCCACCUCCGGUGCCCACGCCCAGGAAGCCCGUCUUCUCUGAUGUGCCCCAGGCCCACUCCUUUUCCUCCAAGGGUCCAGGUCCUCUGCUGCCACCUGCACCCCCUAAGCGCAGCCUCCCCGAUGCUGGCCUGGCCCCCGAGGACUCCAGGAGGGAGCUGCUGGGCCCGAGGUGGCUCGAGCCCAGCCCCAGGGUGCCCACCCCCUCCCGGAGGGUGAGUGAACCCCCACCAGGCAGCCUGCCCGCCGUGCCCAGCCGGAAGCCACCUUACUUCCGCGAGGACGCCAGCUCCGGCCCAGAGCCCCGGGUCCCUGGCCACGGCGCCAGCUCUGCCGGCGCAGCCGCUACCACCUCCAGGAACUGUGACAAGCUCAAGUCCUUCCACCUGUCCCCUCGGGGGCCACCCACACCUGAGCCCCCUCCCGUGCCGGCCAACAAGCCCAAGUUCUUGAAGGUGGCUGAAGUGGCCCCCCCGAGGGAGGCAGCCAAGCCCGGACUCUUCGUGCCCGCCGUGGCCCCCCGGCCUCCUGCACUAAAGCUGCCCACGCCCGAGGCCACAGCCCGGCCCGCGAUCCUGCCCAGGCCAGAAAAGCCGCCCCUCCCCCACCUCCAGAGAUCACCCCCCGACGGGCAGAGCUUCAGGAGCUUCUCCUUUGAAAAACCCCGGAAACCCGCACAGGCUGACACGCCGCAGGCGGACGCUGGUGGGGAGGACUCUGAUGAGGACUACGAGAAGGUGCCACUGCCCAGCUCAGUUUUCAUCAACACCACGGAAUCUUGCGAAGUGGAAAGGCUGUUCAAAGCCACGAGCCCCCGGGGAGAGCCCCUGGACGGCCUCUACUGCAUCCGGAACUCCUCCACCAAGGCGGGGAAGGUUCUGGUCGUGUGGGACGAAACCUCCAGCAAAGUGAGGAACUACCGCAUCUUUGAGAAGGAGGCGAAGUUCUACCUGGAGGGCGAGGUCCUGUUUGUGAGCGUGGGCAGCCUGGUGGAGCAUUACCACACUCACGUGCUGCCUGGCCACCAGAGCCUGCUGCUGCGGCACCCCUACGGUUACGCCAGGCCCAGGUGACGCCUGUGCUGCCCGCUGCUGGGCAGAGACGGCCACAGGGCCACAGCCCUGGGCCCCGCAGAAGGAGACCGGCCUGCACGGGAGAACACGCGGGAGCCAGCGCCGUGCUCUGACCCGGGGCCUCCCCAGUGGAUGCCUCACAGAGAUUGCCAGGCCAGGCCCCGCCCAGCAGGCUGGGUCCCCCGGGGCUUGGCCAGGCCCUGGGCUCCAGGGAAUUGUGUGGGGCUCUCCUGUCUCACCCUGCCCACCUCCCAGGAGCCUAGGACUGAGCCCAGUCUGGACUUGAUUUACAGAAAUUCUGGUACCCCCAGCACGCCCCCCUGGCACUGGGCCGGGAGCUGGGUAGGGCUGAGGUAUUUGCGGUUGGGCAGGGGCUGGACCCCCAGGAACGCUACAACACAGGCUCCGUGAGGGGCCGGUGCCGCACAAUAAAGCACAGAUGACCUUUGCCCCGGUGGCCAGGGCUGCACUGGGAAGGGGGCACGGCCAGCCUUACUGAGUACCCACACCAGCCUCCAAGUGUUGACUGUAGCAGGUCAGCUCACGGGACCUCUAGGAGGUGGUCUUGUUUUCUAGGCCACAGGGCACUAAAUGACUUACCCUUGGGUCCACAGCUGGUAACAGAACAGGACCCAAAAAGUUGAACAGUCUGGGCCCAGAGCCUGUAUCCAGAACGCCGGGUUCUGCCGCCAGAAGUCAGGUCCAGGGCAGUGAGGCCCCUCACAUCAGUAACUGGGUCAUUCGUUGGCUUAACCAGUGGUUACCGGGAGACAACCGGGCAGAAGGUAUGCACAGCGCCCACCGUCCAUGGCAGCGGGGUGUGCAGGGGCUGGGAGCUUGCAACGCAGCUGGGGGCUCCAGGAAGACUUCCUGGAGGAAGUGAUGGUUACAGUGCUGCAGGAAGAGUAGGCCCUGUGUCGGCCAGGGGUGGGUGGGGACAGUGGUAUCCAGAUGCCCAAGUUGUCUGGUCCAUGCCUGGUGUAGGCCCAGCACCGAUCAUCCCCUUGCUUCCUGUCACGGAAUCCCAGCAGCCUGCUCUCCCUGGCGUGGCCAUCCAAGCUGGAAUUUUUUCUUUUCCUCAUAAAAACAGACUCAACUGGGUGUCAGGGCUGGCAGGGAACCCAGGGUCAUUUGCUCCUCGCUGCACUUUGUGUUGGGAAUGAGGAAUUUGCGAUGUAAAAGCCAAGCCACAAGAGCCUAUGUGCCCACUAGCCAUUGAUUAAUGGUCCCAGAGGAAGGCCCUUUGGACGUCCCCUCCCCUGCCCUGGGCAUGUCCUGGGGUGAGGUCGUUGGAGGAGGAGAGAGAAGUCCAGUCAGGUGGGAGGCUCCUGGAGGUGCAGCAGGGGAGACAGCAGCCAUCUCCUCCCAGGAACCGAGUGUCCAGCACCACCUCUACAGAUGUUUCUUCUUCAGCCGCCUGGUGGAGUUGGGGAAACCGGAGCCCCUGGUGUUCCUUCCGCAGCAUCUGUGGGAAACCAGCAGUUCCUCCUUCCUGCAGUUGCAGUCCACUGCCCUGAGCCCAGUGACGCACACCAGUCCCCACUGUGGCUUGCAGUUUCCCUUCCUGUGAAAUCAGAGAAGCAUUUCCAGCAGUUUCUGGGGUCUGCUGUGCUGCUGAUUGCUGUAGGACACAUGACACUAAUGCUUUUAGCUGACACGCAGCCACUUGGCAGCCAGCUCAUACUUGAAGACCCCUGAGCUGGAAGGUUGGGGGGUUCUGGUGUCCAGAGCCAGGUGAUAGGUCCUUCUGGCUGCCUGGACAGAUGAGACCUGUCACUGCUAGAGGCCCACCCCAGAGCCCAGCCCAGGGCCUGCCGGGACAGCUGCCCUCCUCUGAGUUCACACCCCAGGCCCAGGGCCUCGGUUGCUAGAGUGUGUGUGUGGAGGGUAGUGGAUGGGGCCCCAGGCACGGUCCUCCAGCACGCAGGAGGGGCUGGAAGGGGUCCCACUCUCCCGAGACUUGCCAUGAAUGUUCUAUUCCUCACGUAGGGCUGGAGGGUGGUUACCACUGGCUGAGCACUUCCUGUACUCAAGGUGCUCAGCUGCACACUUGACUUAGGUCUAAUAGCUGCCCUCCAGGCAAACUGUUUUACAGGUGAGAACACCCAGGUUCAGAGAGGCCUGGAUUCCAGACCCAGCCGUGUGAUCUGUCCUUCGCUGCUGAGCCCAGACCCUGGCCCCCGCCUAGCUCCCUGCCACCCGCGCGGCCUCGGACAGUCAUUGUAGGGUGUCUGGUUAGCCUGCCUCCCGGGGUUCUGGGCACGCCUUCACCCAGCGAGGGGGCCACAGCUCCGGGGAGGGGGGGGGACAAGGCUGACCUGCCUCACUGUUCUGCCCUCCCAGCCACAGUCUGCGGGUAAACUGAUGGGGGCCCCACCCGAGGCGCUGUGCUGCUCCCUCACCUUAUAGAUAGGGAAACUGAGGCUCAGAGAGGCUUCGCUGACCUGCGCAUCCUGAUGGUGAGUCCAGAGAUGGUUCAAUUCCUGUGCCAGGGAAGAGGGCCCUGGACGCUUUGGGAAGCUUCUCCAAGCUGAGCACUGAACAUGGUUUUACUUUUCCUGCAGUUCAUCAGAAGGAGUGCAGUGAGCCUCUGUACCUUCUGUUCAUAGAGAGUUUUAUUGUCAAAAGAUGUUUUUAGAACCAGAAGAGACCUCACAAACCAAGCCAGGGUUGCUCCGGUCCCCAUGCCAAUUCUGGGUCACAUUGCACGGACGCCCCCUGCUGGUCCGAGGGGGAACUUCUGGCACCGCAGGCUGAGCACCAGGGGCCUGGGCCCAAGGGGCUUCUCGUCCAGCUGGGCUGCACUGGGCUGGCCUCUGCAGGGCAUGGCAUAGAGGACAGCAAGGCCACCCAGGGAAUACCAGGCAGAGCUGGCCCUUGAGCCAAAUCUGUGUGUCUCUAGAGAGGCAGUGAGGGGCAGGCCACAGCCUGUCUCUGCCUGUGACUCGGCAGCAGGGAGCCCCUGUCUGUGCCCCGGAGAUGGUUGCUAGUGGCCAUCCCGCACCAAGCCACCAGCACUCUCUCGGGAGGGAGAGUCGUGGGAUGCAAAGCAGACCUGACCCAUCUGCCUCCCUCAGACUUCCUUUGCUCCUCAGAAACCGCAGAGGCUGCCUGACAGCUGCCCCUGUGUCGCCCUCCAGCUGCAUCCCUGGUCAUGCUCUGAGCUACUCAGAGCUGAGGCACCUCCUUUCUCCUUUCAUUUCCGGUGGAAUGAAACACAUCCAGAAAAGUGAACAGAACACAAAUGUACAGCGUAACAAAUUGCUAUGAAGUGAACCAGGCCCCGUGUGCCCUCCCCAGCUCAGCGCCACCCCCUUCCUCUCUCACAAGUAACCCCUGCCCUCGCUUUGGGGAGGCUCACAUUCCUGUUUUGCUAUGAAGGCUUCAUCCAUCACAGUGCUUUCCUGUUUUCGCACGUUAUGUGAAUGGAAUCAUACAGAUGCAACCUUUGGCGUCUGGCCUCUGCUCGUUACAUCUUUGAGAUUUGUCCAGGUUGCUGUGCGUAGCUGUAGUUUGUUCAGACUCAUCGCUGAAAACUGUUCCAUUGAGUGUAUCGUAGUUCAUGGAUCCAUUUUACUGUGGAUGCACGUUUAGUUUGUUUGUAGUUUGGGACAAUCACAGACAGUGCUACUAGGAACAGUCUUAUCUGUGUUUGUGAUGCAUGUGUGCACAAGUUUCUCUCGGGUAUGUACCCAGGAGUCUCACUCCUGAGUUCUAGGGCCUUUCACUGUUUUCCAAGAAUUUUGCAGUAAAAGAGACUUCCCUUGGUUCCACAUCCUUGCUAACACUUGGUAUUGUCAGACUUUUCCUCAUCUUUGCCAGUCUGGUGGGUGUUUAAUUAUGGCUUUAAUUUGCAUUUAGCUAAUUACUAAUGAGGUUGGGCACAUUUUCAUGUAUUUACUAACCACUUUGAUCUUCUCUCCUGUGAAGUGUCUAUUCAAAUCUUUUGCCUAUUUUCCUGUUGUUUUCUUAUUAGUCUAUAAGAAUUCUUUAUAUAGCCUCAAUAUUGUCAGUGACAUGUAUCAUAUAUAUCUUCUCCAACUGUAUAAUUGUUUUUUGCACAUAGCAAGAGAUAAAGAUUCACUUUCAUUUUCCCCCCCAUAGGGUUACCCCACCUACCCCUGCAUCAUUUAUUUAUAACCUGUCCCUUCCCCAGCCAUCUGCAACGCCACUUGCCAUAUAUCCAUAUAUGUGUAGGUUUGUGGCUGGACUCUUUGUUCUGUUCUAUUUGUCUGUCUGUUUCUAUACCAAUACCAAGCUCUCUUACUUACUGUUGCUUAAUUAUAUCUUUUUUUUUCUUUUCAAAUUUAGUUUAUUGGAUGACACCACCCAAAUAACACCAUGCCCACUAUUUUUUUUUAAUUAAUUAAUUUAUUUGGUUGUGCCGGGUCUUAAUUGCGGCAUGUGGGCUCCUUAGUUGUAGCAUGAGAACUCUCACUUGUGUCAUGCAUGUGGGAUCUAGGUCCCUGACCAGGGAUGGAGCUCGUGCCCCCUGCAGUGGAAUUACAGAGUGCUAACCACUGGACCGCCAGGGAAUUCCCUUCAGGUGACUUUUAACUUCAUUGAGCUCCUCAUUACUUGAUAUUUAUUGUAUGUGUCUAGUUUUGUGUUUUUUUUUUU